AUGAGUAAAAUACCUGCUAAGAAAGUGACUACUUCCAAAAGUAGCUCUUCGCCAACAAAGAAACCAAUUGCGAAUACUGCAAAGUCACCACAAAUAGUCAAUACAACGAAGAGUACAGAAGAAAUAUUAGCCACACCGGUUGAUAAACCAGAAAUACACAUUGUCAAACAGGUCAAAAUGAAAGAAGUUCUUCCAAAGGAAAUGGAAAAAUUAGAAAACUUGAAAGAAUGGCCAAUUAUUAUGGAUGAAGUCGGUAAUUUAAAAACUUUCUAUCGUCUGAAUGAACUUGUGAUCGAUUUCAAUACUCCUCUCACUACACAACGUGUACAAACUGCUCUUCAACGUGCAUUUUUUGGUCUCACUUUCAAUCCAGACGGAUCUGUUAAUGAUCAUCGUGAAUAUACUAUUCCGAAUAAUGUCAAUCGACUGAUAUCCAUCAUCAUGGAAGAUAAUCCUAUUGAGAAAUGUGUAGAAGAACUACGAAAAGUGUGCACUCAACUUCAUCCAGAUCUGUUCGAUACGAUUUUCAGAAAAGCCGAUGUUAAAGAAUCAGGACGAGAUAAUCUCGAUCGUCUCUUUGUCAUGACUCAAACACCCGAUGAAAUACGUCAAACUGACUAUUAUCAAUUUGGAGCUAAGAAUCGAAGUCAAGUACCUUUCAUAUGUGUAUGGAUUACCCAUCUUACUGAAAUACCAUCCGCCUAUGAUAAUCUCUUUGGGCAAAGAUUCAAAUUGAAUUACGAUUGA